CUUCCCCGCCCCGCAACACCAAUCCCUCUUAAAUCAUGAGCUCUCAUGUCGUGGUUCUUGAUUCAACAGCCCGACGAGCUACUAUCAAGACGACACAUGGGAAGCAUCUAACUGAUGUUCUACAAGAAGCUUGUACAAAGCUAGGUGUGGAUGCCAGCCAACAUGGACUAAAAUACAAAGGUAAAGAGCUCGAUCUUUCACUGGUAUUUCGCCUCUCUGGGCUCACUUCCGGCGCAAAGCUGGAGUUGGUUCAGCUCUCCCGUUCGCCCUCCGUCGUCACCGUCGCUCUACAACUGCCUGAAUCAGAAGCACGAGGGGCACCCCCAAACAGACGACUCUUGGAUAAAUUCCCCAGCACGACAACAAUAUGGCUAGUAUUGCGCAAAUUCGAGGCUGGGGUUGCUGGAGGUGCUUCAACCCGGAAUCUGACUGGACGAGGUGUCCCUAGUGGCAAUGAAGGCGCAGGAAGACUCUACUACGAAACCCCGGUCGUUCAGAUUAUGGAACGGGAACUGUCCUCGUUCACUGAUCUGCAGAAAUCUUUGGCACAGCUGGGAUUCAAUAACGGAAAUGUGCUACUGCGGCUGAGUUUUCGCCGUACAGACGAACCCUUGGAGGAGGCUAUGGUCAAGAUUCAGGACUACUUCAAACCGUUCGACGACGUGACCCCCAAGGCCGAAGAGCCGCCUGCACCUACAGAGCAACCACCACAGGCCGAUACAUCCAACAAAGAAGAGGAGGCACAGCAACAGCCCGCAUCUACAUCCGAGGCACCUUCGACCACUGAACAAACCCUACCAACUGCUCCUACAGCUGAUGCGCCUGCUGCAGAACCCACCGAGGUACCAACUGGUUUCUCCCGCCCCAUAACUGUGUUCUCUCCCCCCUCCAACACCACACCCCAGUCCGCACAAACAAAUUACAACGAGACCGACUACAUCCCAUCCAUCGAACACGCACAGGCACAUCAGCGACGACUGAACGCAACCUCCCGACCCCUACGGCUCCCAACGGACGCCGAAAUCGCCGCCAAGGCAGCUGCAGAAGAGGAACGACUCGCCGCAGUCACACAAGUAGAUGUCAAAGUGCGCCUACCAGACCAAAGCCAGGUCGUGGCCAAGUUCGGACAGGAAGAUACGGGCAAGUCACUCUACGACUUCGUUCGAAACUGUCUUGCCGCGCCAUUCGCCAGCGAGAAAUUCACCAUUACAUCCUCCCUCCCCAAGACAUCUAGCGGAGGACAGCCGGGGAGAAACAUCCAAAACAUUGUCCCCGACUCAGACCAACAGCUGCUGAUCAAGGAUCUAGCCAUGAUCGGCCGUGUGCUGGUCAACUUCACCUGGGAUGCGAACGCAUCCCCGGCCGCCCGGCAAAGCCGGGAACUCUUAAAACCGGAACUGCGGACACGCGCGCAGGAACUCAAGGUCGAGCAGCCCAAGGACGUAACAGAUAACUCAGACGUUAGCAGGCCGAAGCCGACAAGCACCGGAGACGGGGCUCGUGGCGAGAAGCGGAAACCGGGCGGAAUGCCUAAGUGGUUGAAGUUGCCGGGCAAGAAAUGA